UAUUGGCUUCUCGCCCACAUAUUUUUUCUUACCAACUAAACACAAUUUCCCCUCUUUUCCUCUCUCUCUCUUCUCUUCUUCUCUCUUCCCCUGUUUUUUUCAGUACAUUUUUAAUACAAAUUCAAGGUUUCCCAGAUUUAUAACCACUUCAUUUCAUCUGGAUUGUCAGAUUUGAGCGAAAUUUUGAUUCUUGAGUUCUGAAAUUGAAUUGGGUAUUCUCAAUUUGGCUGAUUUUUUAUUACUAAAUUAAGAGGUAAGAGAAAGAAUGACAGAAUGGUAUUAUGGACAUGAUGGUCAUCUUGUAUUUCAAAAAGAACAAGAGUACUUUAGUACUCUUCCAUCAUCAGAUAGUUGGAUGCAAUGGGAAUCAAGUGAAAUAGGAGGGAACAGUGGAUGGGAAAACAGCUUUGAUUCAGGUAACGUUGCAAACGAAAAACAACAACAACAAACAUUGUUUACUAGUAGAGGUGGCAACAAACAAGUAGAUGGAGAGCUUUCUUAUGAAUCAAACGAUUUUCGAGGAUCUUCUGAGGAUUCUCAUUCUCUCCGUAGGAACUCUGCUGCUUCAGUUCGUCCAGAUUACUACUACAAUAAUCUUGCAGAGACCGACUCAGCGGAUGACAUAUUCUUGAGUUCCUUGCUUGAAGAUGAUGUCCUCCCAACACAAUCUCUCUACAUUGGAGUGCCAUCUAAUAGUCAUUCCACCAACAACAUGAUGGAUUUUCAGAGUAAUUCUUGUGAUACAGAUGGAGUGGGAAGCUUAAAGUGCUUCAAAAAUGCCAAUAACGGAUAUGCCCAUUUAUCCAAACGUACUUCUCGAAACAACUCAGAUCAGACUUGUCCUUCAGUUAAGGUACAGGAAACAAUGGGUGUUGUUCCUUGUGACUAUGAGGCGCCAAUGAGAACAUCAGAAGAUGAUGAUAUGUCAUCAACUGAAGAAUCGGUGUUGAUGGGGCUUGAGGCUGUCCUAAACCAGUUGAGUGAGACAACUCGACUUUGCCUUCGAGAUUCCAUGUACCGACUUGCUGAGCACUCAGAGCAGGAGACAUCAAAAAAUUCUCUUGCUGAAGGCCUUUCUUUAGACGAGCCUUCGUUGCCUGAGACUAGUGGUGUGUGCUCAAGAUCAAGAAUGAUGGAUACAUCUGAGUCAGAAACCAACGCAAUCGACAGAGCAGUAGCAUACAUGAUGUUUAACAAGGUGGAUGCAAAUGAACAAGAAUAUGUUCCUGCAGACUUAUCGCCAGAAUAUGUUCAAGAUGGAAGAGACUUUUCAUCAACAAGAAACAUGGAAGCUCCAGAUCUAUUUUGUCAACAAACACAAGUUCAUCAAUCCUAUCAGUCGGAUUUCUGUGCUGCUGAAAAUAGAUACUGAAUUCUCGAGUGUAUUUCAUGUAUAUAUUUAUCUACUGAAUCACUUAGGUCAUGUACGCAGGUGCAGUAACUAGUGCAGCAUUUGCGCAAGUUUUGAUCAGUUGCUUAUUAUAGUUAGUCAAAUAAGUCUGAGGUUGUACAACGGGCUCUACUUAUGUAAUACAUUAGCUUCACAGAUGGAACAAUUAGUCUUGAUGUGAACAUGUGAUUAUGUGUUCUGGGAUUACUUCUACUGUAUUUUGAACUCUCAA